ACCCCAGCAAUAAGAAGGCCUCACAGAGACCUCCGCGUCUCACCUGGGCCACCCUCUCUGUCAGUGGCAUAGUUACGUCAAGCCCCAGAAACUCAACAGGGAAUCCAAAGCCAAACGACAUCGACAUGAACACGACACACUAUGUCUUCAUCGGCAUCUUAACGUUCCUCUUUGUGGUGAUCGCUCUACUGAUACCACUGUGUCUGAUAAAGUAUCGCUCCAUGAGGCGCACCAUUCGGGAUCUGCAGGGGCAGAGCAGAUUAAUGAACAUUCCCCCACCAGAAACCCCAGCCUCAAUGGAUUCGCUCAUGGUCACGCUGGAGCAGGACACACCCUCCGACACUCCAAUUCAGAGGCAGAAAUCCAAGUCAGGCUCCAGGUCUCUAUGGAGACCACCACAAGCGGGUCCCCGGUUCACCAAGGCUGACCUGAGUUUGAUGCAGCUCAUUAAGGCGGGAAAGGAGGGGGUGUUCUACAAGGCAAAGAUGACAAGAGGCACCUGCAAAGGCCAUUCAAUGUUCACCUGCAAGAUCGCCAAAGAUGGCGUCCCACCCAAGCGAGUGGAGACAGAGGUAUCUAUUAUGAGGAAGCUGGGACACCACAAAAAUAUGCUGCAGCUGCUGGACUGGAACACCACAGAGGAGCCGUACGUGCUGAUCUUGGAGUACGUCAGCUGCGGCACGCUGCGCAGCUUCCUGCAGAUGCACCGGGACAGGCUGCGCAUCGACAGCGAGCUGCAGAGCCUCUUCACCAUGGCGGCCUACCACAUCGCCCUGGCUAUGGACCACCUGCGCAGCAAAAUGGUGGUGCACUGCGACCUGGCCCUGCGGAACAUCAUGGUGAACAGCUUCCCGAGGGAGGUGAAGGUGGCCGAGUUCGGCCUGGCCAGGGACCUGACGCGCAUGAGGAGUCGACGCAGCACCCGCAAGAGGAGGCACGCGGAGCGGGUGCCCCUGCGCUGGUACCCUCCGGAGUAUUUCAAGAACAAUUACUACAGCUUCAAAGGGGACGUGUGGGCGUUCGGCAUAGUGCUCUGGGAGAUGCAAACUUUUGGCACGUUACCCUACCCCAGCCUCGAGACGUCAGAGGAGGUGAUCUACCACAUCUGCGCUGGAUACAGGAACACAGAACCUGAGAACUGCAGGCCAGAGAUCCUGCAGAUGAUGAGGGAUUGCUGGCUGGACCCCUACACUAUGAGGCCCUCCUUCAGCGAUAUCGUUAGGAUCUUGGAGAACAUCCUGGAGAAUGAUGCAGACUAUGUUGACGUGGACAACCAACGGUCGAUGGCUCUCGGACCAUCCAGCGACUGAGAAUUUAUCACCCAAGCCUGGAUCCACAGCACUCCAGCACUGAGGAAUCUGAGGCCCUGCGUGUAUGUGUGAACUUGCUGUGCAACUUACAAGAAGAAGCUGUAUCGCAAGUGGACAGAUAUUCAUUUAAACGCAUUCACUGGUGCCUGAGAGUGGACCUGGGCACACACUCUUCAGCACACGUGUUCAGGGGGUGGUGUCACUACCCAGGAAGUGGGUGCCUUUUGUGGAACUUACGAUAAUGUAAAAAAAACAACAGGGGAAGAACGCCAGAGGGAAUGGCUGAAAAUAAACAUGACCCACUGACUUUGCAUACACAGCAGUCGAGGUUUGGAUUCCUGGGAGACUGACAAGCCAUGGC